AUGGGAAAAAUAAGUUUUUAUGAAGACAAGAGCUUCAGAGGCCACUGUUAUGAAUGUGGCAUUAACCACCUCAACCUGUGGUCCUAUGUGAAACAAUGCAGUUCCAUCCAGGUGGAAAAAGGUAGAUGGAUGAUUUACGAGAACCCCAGUUAAUCAGAACAACAGUACUUUUUAAAAAAGAGCUAUCCUGACUUCCAGAAGUGGUUCAGUCUCUGUAACUCCAUCAGAUUUUGCCAUAUACUGCAGAAUUCCGUUUGCCACUAAAUUCAGCUCCAUAAAAAAGAGAAUCUCCAAAGCCACAUGUUAGAGCUCACUAAUGAUUGCCCAUCAGUCCAAGAUUUUAUCCAUCUCUCUGAGAUCUGUUUCCUCAGUGUUUGGUGGCAGUUGUAUGAAAUCCCCAACUUCAGAAGCUAACAAUAUGUACUGAAUCUCAGGGAAUACAGGAGAUUCCUUGACUGUGGUGCAGUAAAUGCCAAAGUUGUCUCUGCAGAGGUUGGCUGA